CUACUUUAGUCCCAAUCAAAUCCAUAUCUAUCGUCUGCUUUUCAUUCUUUAAGACAACUCAACCUCAAAAGCCCUAAUUCAACACAUAUAAUCUCACUGGAGAUGGAGGCAAUCCCAGAAAAACCCUUGAAUCCAUCCAUGGAAAUUUUUCGGACACUUUUCCGCACACGUAGACCAACAGGCUGGCCGAAUAUACGGAGAAAGUUGGUGGAAUUUAGGUUCCGGGAGACGCUUCCAAACUCUGCCGCUUCGAAAGUCACCUCCUUUUCUCUUUCAUGCAUCAGCAAACCGAGCAUUUAUAGCAGCCGAGUGAAGGGUUUUUCAUUCGCUUCUCAGUGCAAGAAAUCCCUGCAAGGCCUUCAGUUUCAUCUCCCAGGUUCAAUUUAUCUGUUUCCUUGCUGCAAUUUGGUUGCUUGUUGUUUCAGUCUUGUUUCUUGAUUAUGGCUUCAAGCUCUUUCAACUCUGCCAAAUGCAUGAAAACCGUUAAAAAUUCGCAUGCGCGUGUUAGGGAUAAGGUCCCGGAUGUUAGUGUUGAUGAAAACAGUGAAAAUAAGGUUGACAGGAUCAGCAGUUUGCCUGAUUCAAUGAUCUGCCAUAUUUUAUCCUUCCUCCCCACAAAAGAUGCAGCAGCCACCUCCAUGCUGUCUACCAAGUGGAAGCACAUUUUCCCCUUAACACCUAAUCUUAAACUUGAGUUCGAUGACAGUCGCAUGAGAAAAGAUCUGUUUGCAAGUUUUGUGGAUAAAGUCUUGCAUGUUGAUUUACGUGAUACCACCCAUGUGCAUGCAAUAAAGCUUUGGUGUAGGGGAGAGUACAAGGAUCGGCUCAAGUCUUGGAUUAGUGCGGCCGUGAGACUUAAUGUGCAAUCCCUCGAUUUCAACUUCUUGAUCCAGUCUCCGAGGUGGUUUGCUAAGGAGAUUAGCAAAUGCACUCGAUUAACGACUCUGAAACUAACCAAUUCUCCUAUCUGUGUCCUGGAGUCACUUUCCUUGCCUACUCUCAAACUUCUCAAUCUUGAAUUGGUCGGGUUGUUCAAUGGGACAACAAUCUCGAAUCUUCUGAGUGGUUGUCCGGUGCUAGAGGAGUUGAUCAUGGUUGAUUGCAGGGUAUAUGCACAGACUCUCAGUGUUUGUGUUCCUACUCUUAAGCGUUUUACAUUGCAAAAUUGCAUGCAUCAGGAUGCUGACAAUGGUUUCGAGGAAAUCAAAGACUUUGAGGUUGUCAUUGACACCCCUGGGCUCGAAGAGCUUUACUAUUAUGACUAUCAUGUAGCUGCAAGGUACACUGUGUGUGAGCUGAUGUUGCUACAGAAAGCUCGAAUAGAUCUCAAACCUGACCAAGAUCAAGGGGGGGAAGAAGAUGGCAUAAGUUAUAAUGUUAACGUUGCUGAACUUGUUAUGACAUGCUUAAUGGCCAGGUGUCUAUCCCUAUCUGCCCGAACAUUGCAAGCUGUUUACUGCUCUGGUCGUCUAUUAACUUUAUUUCCUAAUUUGGUACAUUUGGAUCUGGACCUUGGCGUCGUUUGCCCUCGCAUAUGGAAUCUAGUGAUACACAUUCUUCAUUGUGCACCAAACCUUGUCAUUCUUGGCAUUGAAAUGGGGCUCAGGAAAUACAAAGAGUGCAAGAAAUGUGAACUUUUAUUGGUUGAUUGGGUUCCUGACUGUGUAGCAUUAUGCUUGAGGAAGAUCUCUAUUUUGGCAUUCACCGGGACGAUACAGGAAUUCCUGUUGUUGGAGUACUUCCUAAAGCAUGCUAAAUAUUUGGGACAAAUGGUAAUCAAUAUCGAUUCCGAACUGAAGAGAGAGGAUCAAGUGUCCAUUGAGGAAAGCUUGCUAAAGUUACCACAUAGCUCAAAGAUAUGUCAAGUGGUUGUCAAGACGUCUGUUGGAGAGAAUGGAGCUAAAUAGUGUGCCUUUUAAUAUUGUGAUCCAAAAGCCAGUAUAUAUCAUUAUACUUGUUGAGAUUGUAAUUGCAACUUGGAUCUUCUCGUUUAAACUAUUUAUGUAGAAACGUAUAUCUGCUGCCAUUUUAUGUAUGAUGAUUCUGUGCUAUUACUAUUCCA